AUUGUCAACAAAAAUGAGAUUUUUGUCUUAAUUUUUCGUCUUAAUUGUAAUUAACCACAAUUCGUAAAUCGAUAUUUACACCACAGCUCUAAGUUAAAAAGCCGGGAAGGUGAAAGGCCACUAAAAAACGAUCUUUACAAACACUAAUACAUGUUGAAGCGAAAAACGUUUGUGCUAAUUGAAUCGAUUAGGUUAUCGGGUGCUCAUAAAAGUUUAUAGAUUCGAAAGUAAUUCUUGAUUACCUUUUAAUUUUCUUUUAAUUCUUUUCUUUUUUUUCACCACUAACUAAUAAUCCGAAACUCUUUUUCAUGUCUAAGCCCUAAGGCAAAAGUCGAUCAAUGCCUAAGGCUCCCGAUGUGGUUAAUUUUCCUCUCGACCACAAUGGCGUUUGUCUAAAUCCUUUAAUCUUUUACCUUAUAAGUCUUUGUGUUAAUCCUCGAGAUUAAAAUAUUGAAUGGAUUAAGGCUUCAUCUCGAUUAUAAUCUGAUUAAGCAUUUUCAUCUAAACAGUUUAGAUUAAUUCAUUUAAAUUGACUUUCUUUUCAGAUGAACGAUCAGCGCGUGCGAAACUUUUAGUAUUUAAGUUCGUUCAAUAAUAGAUUUUUAUUCAUUUGACCAAUCGACUUCUUAGUACAAACUUAAAUUGUCAAUUUUUCUUAUCAUUUGUUUCGUUGAAAAUGUCAAUCCAUUAUAAGUUCAAAGGUGACAUCAAAUCAGAGAGAUUACCUGUUGAUGAUGUGUCAAUUUCUGUUGGCCAAUUUAAAAAGUGUAUUUUUGCCGAUAAAAAAAUAGACUCUUCUACAACUGAUCUCAUCAUUACGGGUGAAGAUUUGGAAGAAUAUGAUUCUGAUGAGAAGUUCAUUCCAAGGAAUACAAGUGUAAUCGUUGUUCGGAUUCCACUUACUUCCGUCAACAAGAAACGUUUCAAUAAUGAGACCUCAACUCGUUCCAAGUCCCAUAAACGUGGAUACGAUUCAAUCAAAGAAAUUAUAAAAUCUUCUAAUCUUUCAGAAGCCACAGAGGAAGAAAGUAUUGAAGCGAUGUUUCAUCAUUCAACUCAAGAAUAUGAUCCAACAAGAUACUCGAAAAACUAUAACGUUGUUGGACCUUUACCUCCGAACUACACUUGUUAUCGGUGCAAUCGACCAGGUCACCACAUCAAACAAUGUCCAACUUAUAAUAAGGGCAUAAAGAGGAGUUCAGGUAUACCCAAGAGCUUCAUGGUUCCAGUUAGUGCUGAACAAAAAGGAGCCUUGCUAACAGGCAGUGGAUUUGCUAUUCCACGUAUCGAUCUUCAAGUUUAUUCUGAGAAAAAGGUCAAUAAAAAAGCUCCGGUGAAUCAACAUCAAGUCGAAAAUGAAUCCAAAGAGAAAAUUCCUGAACAAUUAAAAUGCUCCUUGUGUGAAGAUCUACUUCGAGAGGCCGUUUUCUCGCCUUGUUGUGCAAAUAGUUUUUGCGAUGAGUGUUUGCGAAUGGAAUUAUGCCAAACUAGUCAAUGUCCAUCAUGUCUCAAGACGGAGAUAGAACCCGAAAAUAUAAUCCCGGUUUUAAGUCUACGUUUGAAAGUAGAAAAAUUCAUCUCAGAAAAAUCUCAACAACAACAACCGAAACCCGAAAAAGAAUCAAUUUGCGACGAUUCGAUCAACACAACGACCGAUAAAACUACCGCUGCAGCCGCAAUUCCAUCAACUACCUGUUCGUUGGCCGAUAAAGUCUCAAAAUCUUCAGAGGUCGAAACAAAAAUUUGCGAACCUGAAAAUCAAAGACAAUCAAUUCCAACUCUUAAAUCAAAUAAACAAAAUCCGAAUGAAAAUCAACCACCUUAUCCAAGAAAUCUUCCUUUAUUUCCCGAUGAACCUUCGCCGAAAAGAUUUGCGAUGAGUGAUAAUUUCGCAUUCAGUCAAUCGCCUUACAUUUAUAUGCAACCGCCGAUUUUUGCUCCAUUUAAUCAACUUUCAUUCGGUCAAUACUUCAACUCGACACAAGCAGCUUAUUAUCAAAGUUCAACGAGUGAUGACAAUUACGACGAUGAUGUUAAUCGAUUCAUUCAACAAUUGCAGUCUGAUUCCAGAGUUCGUUCAUCACCUUCAAGAUCGAAGCCACAGUCCAGAUCGUUUUCCAGGAUUCGAGCUCAUUCUAGACCAAAACACCGACACCAUCGUUAUUGAGAUGAAGAAAAAUAAAUUAAAGUGACCAAAGACAAUUAUCGCCAUGAAGAUGAUCAAGUUUAAAAAUAAAUUUAAUUGUAACCAAAAGAUAAAUAAAACUCAUUUUUGCAUUGAAA